AUGGACAAAUGCAAUCAAACAAUUUUGAAUAAAUUCAUUCUAAUAGGAAUCACAGACCUCCCUGAGCUGCAGGCUUUAUUACCUGGGCUCUUCUUCAUUGUAUGCAUGGUCUCAGUGGCUGGUAACCUGAGCUUGGUCAUCUGCACAAGCAUAGAUUCAAGGCUACAAAUACCCAUGUACUUUUUCCUCGAGCUGUCUUGGACUGAUCUUGGUUAUUACAGCUUGGGUCCCAAAAUGUUGGUAAAUUUUGUUGUAGAUGAAUUUAUCAUUAGUGAAAUUUUUAUUCUGUCAGCAAUGGCCAAUGACCACUAUGUGGCCAUCUGUAAGCCUUUGCUCUACACAGUUAUCAUGUCACAAACAUUAUUCUCUGUGUCCUACAUUCAGAUCCUUGUCACCAUCCUCAGGAUGAACUCUGCAGAAGGCAGAUGCAAGGCCUUCUCCACCUGUGGAUCUCACCUGACAGUGAGAGUCAUAUUCUAUGGCACGCUAUUCUUUAUGUAUGUGCAACCCAAAUCCAGCCAUUCCUUUGAAACUGAUAAAGUGGCCUCUUUAUUUUACACUUUGGUCAUACCCAUGCUGAAUCCCAUGCUCUACAGUUUGAGAAGCAAAGAGGUGAAAAAUGCCUUACAUAGAACAAGGAAAUUGUGUGCAAAUACUUUAUUUAAAUUUAAGUGUAGGGUAUGGCUACAAUAA